AUGCUUGGAAGCACCCGGGAGGUGAUCGAGCGGCUGGAGGCGGCCGUGGCAGCGAAGCGAGUAGAGCUCGCAAGGGACCGUGCUGCCCUCGUCGAAGAGAGGGGGCAGCUAGAAGAGGUGAGUCGGCUCCUGGAGGCCCGCAUCGCCUCGGCCCGCGCAACCCACGAGAGGGAAAUGCGCGCGGUGGCCGAGGAGUGGGAGGCAUUGGAGGAGGUACGCGAUGAAGCUGUUGCCAUGCAGGAGGAGGCCAGCCGCUUGGAGCAAGCAUCACGGCGGCGGGCCACGGAGCUGCUUGCUCAGGAGCGGUUGGUCCGUGCUCAGGAAGAGGCAAUCGGCCAGCGCGAGAAGUCUGUGGAGACCACCCGGGUAGACUUAGCCCACCGGAGCGACGAGCUCAAGCGUGGUCGCGCCGAAGUCCACCGACGGGAGGAGGAGGUCGCGAUCCACGAGACUGACAUCGAUAUCACAGCGACGGCUCAGGACUCCCGGGAGGAGCAGAUUGCAAGGCGCGAAGCGGAGGCUGCCUCGGCGUUGGCAGCCCUUACUGCUCAGGAGGAGCUGGCCGCCAAAUGGGAGGCCUAG